AAUAAUACAAACCCUAAUUUCCCCUCUCCUUGCCGCACGGCACUUCUUCUGCUCCUUGUCUUCCUCUUCGUAUCUUCCCCUUCUCCUUCCCCAGUUUCUUGCACGAGUUAGAAGGCACUCCGAGCCCUUCCCGCGUUGAUACUUAUUGUAUCAUUGGUGCUCUCGUUGAGUUGUCAUGGCUUCUAAUCCUAUCACGGCAGCCGACUUUCAAGAAUUUCAGAAGCAGAUCGAUGUCCAGAUGCUCUCACACACGUCCGCCAUGCAAACCCUAAACCACAACGUCGAACAGUUGCAGUGUCAAGUGGAGUCCGUGUUGGCACGUUCAGCUGGGUUGUGUUACAAUUGUGACGAGAAGUGGGUCAAGGGCCAUCGUUGUGGCCGCUUUCUCCUUCUCCUCGAGGAUGAUGACGAGGAGGAACUCCCUUUGGCUAUCACGAAUGAUACUCUCCUCACGGCGGACGUUUCCUCCUUACAUAGCAUGGCAGGUGUGUCUACUCCGCGCUCUUUACGGCUGUCUAGUAUGAUCUCCGAGGUCAUCGUAGAUGUUUUGAUCGAUGGUGGGAGCACCCACAAUUUUAUUCACCCAUCCGUGGUCGAGAAACUUCAUCUUCUCGUUACCGAUGUGCUGCCUUCCGCGUUUAUGUUGGGAACGGCGCAUCACUACUGUGUAAACAACGCUGCUCCGAGGGAAUUCCUGAUCCGGACUGAUCAACGAAGCUUACGAGAACUACUCCACCAAGUGAUCCAAACUCCGGAUCAACAAUUCUACGUCCGAAAGCUUUUGGGAUACCGGUUCAAAAUUGAAUAUAAGCCGGGAUGGACAAAUUGUGUCGCCGAUGCCUUAUCGCGGCAGGAAGAUUCAGGGACAACCACUGCAUUCUUGGCUUUGUCCCAGCCACUGCCAGACAUCCUGGAGCAGAUUCGGGCCGAAAACAGUACCCAACCGGACCUGCUGCACCUCCACCAAGCUCACCAACGUGGCACCCUCCGGCCCCCGUUCACCGUCGUGGAUGGACUGCUCCUCUACAACACCCGCUUAUGCAUUGGGGCCGAAUCACCUCUACGACAGGCUGUCUAUGGUCGGCCUCCGCCAGACCUCAUUCCAUAUCGACGGGGCGCGAGUCGGGUUCCCGCAGUUGAUGAAGUUUUGGCCGAACGCGACGAAUUGCUGCGCAUGUUACGUGCAAACUUGGAAGCCGCGCAACAGCGGAUGAAGGCUCAUGCUGAUUCCCAUCGACGGGACGUGGCUUUUAAGGUGGGGGAUCUGGUCUUACUCAAAUUGCAGCCUUAUCGGCAACAUUCCGUCGCUCGGCGCACCUGUCAAAAGCUCUCCCUCCGUUAUUAUGGGCCUUUCGAGAUCUUGGAGCGCAUUGGGGAGGUCGCCUAUCGUUUGAAAUUGCCGCUGUCGUCUCGCAUUCACCCUGUUUUCCAUGUGGCAGUGUUGAAGCCUUACAAGGGGCCUUCGGCCGACCUCACUCCCUUACCACUGCCCGAGGAGCUGGUGGGUGGCCGUGUGCCCUCGCGGCCGGUUAGCAUUCAUGCCUCUCGUCGUGUUUUACAUGCAGGUCAUCCGGUAGAUCAAGUGCUUGUUCGUUGGAGUGAUGGUACCCUUGAUGAUGCAACGUGGGAACCGGCUGACCAGAUACGAUGUCAAUUUCCCGACUUAGACCUUGAGGACAAGGUCGUUCCUCAAGCGGUGGGGAAUGUUACGGAGGCACAGCCACCAGAGCGCAAAAGCACUCGCGUUCGUCGUCGUCCAGGAUGGCAACGCGAGUACGAGAUGGAGUAAUAUUCUAUUUUAUUAUCAUUCAUUAUUGUAACGUAGAAUUUUAGUAGGUGAGCGAAUUAUAAGCUCCUUCGGGGUUUCUUUAAGGUUCUUUACCCCGUCGCUUUUCUUUGAACCGUCAGAACAGACAACGUAGUUUUUUUUAGGUUGGGGGAGUCUCUAUACUAUAAAUAGGGACGGAUGCUAUGCAUGAUAAUUAUCAAUAAUACAAACCCUAAUUU